UUCAUUAGGGAAAAAAAUCAAGACCUCAUUCAAAGAAUGGGAAUGACGGUUGUAAAGCAAAUCGUGGAUGACCUGUUUGGGUGGAAUGUUCUAAAUCUCGGAGAAGUCGACAUGAUUUGCUGCAAGCAGGUGGAGCAGGACGCCGCCAGAGAGAUCGUGUACAUGGUGUUGAAGAAAAGCUCAGAGGCCUGUGACCUCUUCCUCAAAUCCCUGGAAAAAUGGAAUUAUCCUCUGUUUCAGGACUUGAAUGGGCAAAGUCUGUUCCCUCCGAUGUCCAAGGAGGACUUGGACGAGCUGGCCCAAGACUUAAAGGACCUGUACCAGUCCCCGUCUUUCCUGAACUUCCAUCCUCUGGGUGAAGACAUCGACAUCAUCUUCAACCUGAAAAGCACCUUCACCGAGCCGGUUCUCUGGCGGAAAGACCAUCACCACCACCGUGGGGAGCGCCUGAGCCUCACCGACCUCCUACGAGAACUGCAGAGCCCCUGCAUCAUCGAAGGCGAAUCGGGCAAAGGCAAGUCCACACUCCUGCAGCGCGUGGCCCUGCUGUGGGCCUCGGGCACCUGCCAGGCCCUGACCCGCUUCCAGUUGGUCUUUUUCCUGCGUCUGAGCCGGGCCCAAGGGGGCCUGUACGAGACCGUGUGUGAGCAACUCCUGGAAGGCCCAGGGCGCAUCUCCAAGCGAGCAUUCUUGGCCCAGCUGCUGAAAAUGCGCCAAAAGGUCCUUUUCCUCCUGGAUGGCUACAACGAAUUCCGAACCCAGAACUGUCCCGAGCUGGAGGGACUCAUCAAGGAGAACCACCGCUUCAAGAAUAUGGUGUUGGUGAGUACCACCACCGAGUGCCUGCGCCAGAUCCGCCAGUUUGGUGCACUGGUGGCCGAAGUUGGGGACAUGACGGAGGAGGGCGCACGGGCUCUGAUCCUGGGGGUGCUCCCCUUACCUCUAGCCGAGGCUCUUCUGCAGCAGAUGCACAAGACCCGGAGCAUGUGGCACCUCCUGAAGACGCCCCUGUUCGUGGUCAUCACCUGUGCCCUGCAGAUGGGCGAGAGCACGUUCCAAUGGAGCACACAGACCUCGCUGUUUCGCACCUUCUAUGACCUCCUGGUGCACAAACACCGGCACAGGAGGGUCGGGACCACCGCGGGGGACGUGGCCCGCAGCCUGGAGCGCUGUGGGGACCUGGCUUUGGAGGGUGUCUUUGCACAACGCUUCGACUUCGACGAAGAAGCCGUGGUCAGCCUGAAUGAGGACAUCCUGCUCAGCUGUGCGCUCCUGUGCAAAUACACAGCUCAGAGGUUCAAGCCCAAGUACAAGUUCUUCCACCAGGCCUUCCAGGAAUAUGUAGCAGGCCGCAGACUCAGCCGCCUGCUGGCCUCCCGGGAGCCCCAAGAUGUCAACCAGGCGCAUGGGUAUCUGCAGAGGAUGACCUGUAUCUCCGACCUCACCUCUAAGUACCGCAACCUGCUCCUAUAUACCUGUGGCUCGUCUACACCCGCCACUCGCAAGGUGCUGCAACACUUGGUGACCAUACACCAGCACGGCAGCCUCCUGGGUCUGGAGCAUCCCAGGGUCAGGCUCUUCAGGCAGCUGUCGCUCACCCACAUGCAGGGAGUGGCAGGCCAGGAGGUGCUGGAAGCCAGGAAUAUGGAUUCAUUUGCAGAGUUUGGCAUUCACCUCUUCCACGAGAGCCUGACCCAGACUGCACUGAGUCGGGAGUUUGAAGCUUUCUUCCGAGGGAAGAGCUUGUCCAUCGACUCCGAGCGCAUCUCCGAUGAUCUAUUCGACUUCUUUGAGCACUUACCCAAUUGUGCCAGUGCCCUGGACUUUGUCAAGUUGAACUUCACUGGGGGAGCUCCUGAGGCGCAGCAGGGCAAGGCCACCAAGGGCAACUGGGACCAACAGGCUCCUGGCACAGUGGGGUCCUCCCAUGGCACAGGCUCCUCGCCUGGCACUUACAUCCCCAACAGGGCUGUGUCCCUGUUCUUUAACUGGAAACAGAAAUUCAAGAACCUGGAAGUGACACUGAGGGACUUCAGUGCCUUGAACCAGCGAGACAUCAAGUAUCUGGGCAAGAUUUUCAGUUCGGCUGACAGUCUCAGCCUAAAGGUGAAACGUUGUGCAGGUGUGGCGGGGAAUCUAGGCUCUGUGCUGGGCAGCUGCAGGCAGGUCCAGGCACUGCUGGUGGACGCCUGUCCCCUCACCCCUGAGGAUGAGCAGAGCAUUGUGGAGGUGGCCAGUCUGCAGACCUUGAGGAUUCACGGCCUCCAUACCCCUCGGCUGCCAGGCGGCCUGACUGACAGCUUAGGGAAUCUGAAGAACCUGACAAAGCUGGUAUUGGACAACAUUAAGAUGAAUGAGGAAGAUGCGCUCAAACUAGCUGAAGGCCUCGCCCACCUGAAGAAGAUGCUGCUACUCACUUUGAGUCGCCUGUGUGACCUCGGGGCCGGCACAGAUCACAUCGUCGCGUCCCUCGUGGCCCAGCCACGAGUCCUCCAGGAACUGCGCUUGGUGUCCUGCUGUUUGUCAGCCACAGCCACUCAGAGCCUCGCACAGAAUCUUCAAAAUUUAGCUGAAUUGAUGGUUCUGGAUUUAUCUGAAAAUCACCUGGAAGAGGAUGGGGCUGCAGUGCUACAAGACCUCAUUGACAGGCUGAACGUUCUGGAACAUCUGACCGAGCUGGUGCUGCCCUCGGGCAGUGACUUCCGAGCCCACCUAGGGAGCCUGCUGGAGCAGCUGGAGGGGACCCCGCAGCUGGUCAAACUGGGGCUGAAAAACUGGAAACUCACCGACGCAGAGAUGCAGAUUCUUGGUGAAUUUUUUGAAAAGACUCCUGUGAGAAACUUCCAGCAGCUGGAUUUGGCAGGGAACUGCAUUAGCAGAGAGGGGUGGUUUGCCUUCCUGAGCAUCUUGGAGACUCUGACGCACUUGGAGGUGUUUGACUUCAGCUCUGGAGAAUUUCUACCAGAUGCCCCACUAGUCAGGAAACUGGGCCACGUGUUGGACAAAUUAACUUUUCUGCAGGAAGCCAGGCUCGUGGGGUGGCAAUUUGAUGAGGACGAUCUCAGUGUUCUUAAAGGCAAUUUUAAAUUAGUAACUGCUUAA